GUCCAUCAGAGCUGAGCUGCUUUCAGACGACUCCGUCUUGUUGUGGAUGCUGAAGCUGAUCAUGGUUCUCCUGUGGAUGAUCCUGUUGGUGGUUCUGUUCUGUGCAGAGGCCGAGAACGUGACCGAGGUCAGAGGAGAGCUGGGGACCAAUGUCACUCUAAACUGCUCCAAUCAGACAUCAGACACAUACUGGUACAUGGAGAUCCACAGUCAGUUCAGAGCAUGUAUCGGCCGCAGUUUUUCUUCAGCAGGCUCUACCUACUACUCUCCUGGUUUUGAAACCAAAUUUUCAAUCCUGGGAAACAAACUCGUGAUUAAAAACUUCACAGCAGAGGACUGCAGGCUUUACUUCUGUGGCAUCAGGAGAUAUGGCAGCAUUCAGUUUGUGGAAACUUUCCACCUCAUUUCAGAUGUAACUCCAAUGAGGGGAGCAUUGAAGAGUGACCAUGUCCUCUUCACCUCUCUGAGCCUGAACGCUGCACUCAUUCUGGUGGUAAUCUGUCUGAGUUGUGUAUCGCUGUCUCUGAAGAGGAGAAUCAGCAAGUAUCAGGCAAACCUCCCUCCAGCUGGGACCAGUGAGAGGCUGGAGACUCCACAGUAUGAGGAGAUCCAGCUCCCCCAUCGGUCUGCUGCUACUACAGAGUGCAUUUACUACAAUGUUCAGCUUCCUCGCUCCACACUGCGUCGACGCUGACGGACACACCUGGACAGGUGGAUGAUACUUGCUGCAUUCAGAACUGGUGGACAGUCAGUCUCAUCAAUGAAGACUUCCUGCUUCUCUAUUUGACGACCAUUUAAAGAAAUACCUGUAAGAUUAAUUGACCUCAGAUAUGAUCUGCUCUGCUUCUGAGCUGAGAUGAACCCAAGAACGUGACCUUUGGCCAAACCUGCUUCAAAGUGCUUUCAAAUUUGAGGUGGAUAAGCCAGAAAUCAAAACCACUGUAAAAACCUGAUCAUCUGUGAAGGACCCAUGAAUACCAAACCACAUCUACAGGUUUAAGAACAAUAGAGUAUGUUUCCAUUCAGACCAUGUUUGUUUCAGGGAAGGUCAGGUGAAGCAAAACCUCACAUUCCCACAUUUAUAUACUAGCUGCAGGACUUCACUAACCUUUAAAGAACAUGUAAUCCAUUCUUUGUGCACAUUUUUAGGUUGAUUCAUUCAUUCAUUUGUGGUUUAGGAAUUCAGAUGUUGUUAUAUAUUUCUACUCUCACCAGUGUUUUUAUAGCAACACUGCAACUGUCAGGUUUCUUUACUUUGUUCUUUUAAAUUUGUGUUUGUUUUAAUCAGAAAAUGUGGUUUGAUGUACUUCUCUGUAACAUUUAGUAUAAACACAUUAAACAUGUGAGAACACCAAUGCAGAGAAAACAAACCUGUCUGAUGUUCUUUAAAGAAGAGUUUCACAAUGUUCUGCUUCUACAGGCCUGUGUGGGCGUUCGUCGAUUCAACUCUAAUCAGAACUUUCAUCACUCAUUCUGAAAACAAACACCAGUGUUAAACUGUUUAAAUUGUUUAAAACAUUUUUAUUGCUGUUCCUCUGUAGAAUGCCACUUUCUUGUUUUCAUAUAUUGUAUGUUUUGCCCCACCCACAGGUGCAGUCACAUACAGGGCAUAAAGUGAACCAGAGAUGCCCAACUGGCAAAAGUUUAUUUCUCUACUCUGUGACCAUUAGUGUUAACAACAUCACCACAAUUUACCUUUGCUGGAUUUGUUUACUUAAAAAAGAAAAACUGCAAGCAGCUGAAUUUGUGAAGGCCCACCAUUAAAAACCUGUCAAGGCACAGCUUAUGAGAUCAUGGUGAAACCUGCUGUCCAUGGUCCUGAAAUUAUAACCUCAACAUCAACUUUAUUUAUAUUUUUAUUUUCUGUAAUAUAUCACAAUAUUUAUAUAUUAGAGCUUCCUGUAUUUUUUCUAUAUUUUGUAAUAUUUUAUGUUGAUAUUUGACCUUGAUGGUUACUGUUCUUACUGUCUUGAAGCAACUGUGACCACA